AACAUAACUUAAUGGAAUACCAGUCCCCGGCUAUCAAUCGGUAUAACCUAUACACCACAGAGUUCCUCUUCAUUUCAUUUGUAGCUAUUCAUCUUACCUUAUAAGGAAAAACUCGUUUAAUCAGUAAACUCUUCAUUUUCUCCAUACGAGGUAAAAUAUAUUUGUUUUAAACAAUGUCCGAUCCUCGUAUAAGAACUCUAAAAAUUAAAACUGGAGUAGUGAAACGUCUCGCGAAAGAAAAAGUCACGUAUGAGAAAGAAGCAGCACAGCAACGUGAAAGGAUACAGAAAUUAAAGGAACAGGAUAAGGAUGGUUAUGAUAUAAAAAAACAAGAAGAAGUACUUCAAGAGUCUCUCAUGAUGGUACCAGAUUGUCAACGACGUCUUGUGAAAGCUUUCGAAGAACUAAAAAAAAUUUUGGACACGGAACAAGAUUUAAAAGAGGUUGAAGUUUAUAUUGAAGCAGAGAAAGUAUUACAAGAAGCAGAAACUCAACUUCCUAAAGAGGGAGAAAUUAUGGAGAUGUGUUAA